GCGGGCCAAGCCCAGUCCAGCCCAAAAACCCUAACCCUAAGCAGAUAACACCACCGCCACCCAAACCGUCGGGAACACUCCCGACAAGUCCAAACCACCACCCAAAACCCCAAGGCCGAAAACUCAAAACCAUCAGACACCGUGUAAUUGUUGCCGUACCGCUCCUCACCCAUUCUUGGACCUCCGUUGAGUCAGCCGAGCACGAUCAUACGACAUGGAUGUUAAGUAUUCCUAUUGUUGCCGGCAGGAUGAUAGUAUUAUCCCAGAGAAGAGGAAAGGGAAGUAUGAUGGCUUUUUCGUUGAUGUGCGGAUGUGUCAUAAACUGAGGAAGAUUGCUAAUGGGGGCAGUGAUGCGGAUGACAACGAAGUAAAGCUGGGCACAGUGCGUUCUAUAUUUACUGUGAACCGCAGUGAGUUUCUAGCAGGAGAGAGACUCAGGUAUCUCAUGGAUACCUGGUGUCUACCUUUAGCGUAUGUACCAGACGACAGUGUAAAGGACUCAAUAGUAGACAAGGUGCACAGAUUUGGCUGUUCAAUGCUGGACUUAGGGUUGAAGCCAUUGCCGCUUCUUGUGGAUGUUGGGAUUAGCAUGUUGCAGUUACCUGGUGAGAGUGUAGAUGAGGGGAUUGCCAGGGUUAUGAUGAAAAUGAAUGUUUGGGACUGCGUGCCUGCCACUAAAGCAUCUAUUGGAGCAUUAGAGGAAGUGGCUUUUGAUGGUUUGUGGUCGGUUAAGGAAUGUGGCAAGUGCUCAAAGACCCUUGCAGUAGGGAAGCUUGCUCGUAUGCCGUGCUCUCAUGUAUUUCAUCGGCAAUGUAUUUAUGCGUGGCUGGCGGGUAUCCACAUGUGUCCGAUUUGCCGCUUUACUAUGCCCUGCUGAUUUAAUUGAUAAAUGAGUUGAUUGUUAUCGUUAGUUGCUAGUAAGUACUGAACUUGGUGGACUUGAUGGGGACAUGUGGCUUGAGGGUGGCUGAACAAGAAGUUGUUAUGUGAUGUUUCUUUUGGUU